GAGACGUCCUCUGCUUAGCUCCUCGACCAUGGCCACCCCUUCCAGUCUCACGCUGCAGCAGACCGCGCCGUCGGCCCGCGACUUCAACAGCCCGCGCCACGGCAAGGCGCCGGCGCCCACGUCCUUCCAGACCGUCGUCUUCUCGCGCAAGACGACGUCGCAUGGUCCGGACGGCGAGAUCACCGAGGCCUUCAAGAAGCAGCAGCGCGCCGCCGAACCGCCGUCGCCGCUGGCGAGCCUCGUGCACCAGACCGAUCGCCAUGGCAAGCACACGUCGCACCACGUCGACACGAAGGUGCGCCCGACGACCACGUCGGCGGGCCAAAGCGGCGGCAUCUCGAAGCUGUUUGCCAACAUUUGCUCGGCGCUGGGCUUGCCGGAGCAGCAGCAGCAGCUCCAGGCGCAGAUGCUCAAGAAGCAGCAGCACCAGGUCGAGAAGAGCCACGAGACGCGCCAGAGCAUUGAAGUGCGCAAGAUCAUGUCGACGCCGUUCCCGGGCGACGAAGGCAAAAAGUGCUUGGUGCUCGACUUGGACGAGACGCUCGUGCACAGCUCGUUCAAGCCGAUCCACAACCCCGACUAUAUCAUUCCCGUCGAGAUUGAAGGCCACGUGCACCAGGUCUACGUCCUCAAGCGGCCCGGCGUCGACGAGUUUAUGCGCGAGCUCGCGGAACACUACGAGAUUGUUGUGUACACGGCAAGCUUGAGCAAGUACGCGGAUCCGCUCUUGGACCAGCUCGACAUCCACAAGGUCAUUCGCUUCCGCCUCUUCCGCGAGCACUGCGUGCACUACGAAGGCAGCUACGUCAAAGACCUCUCGCUCAUCGACCGAGACAUUACGCAAAGCGUCAUCAUCGACAACUCGCCCAUGAGUUACCUCUUCCACCCGCGCAACGCGAUCGGGUGCUCGUCGUUCAUUGACGACCUCGACGACCGCGAGCUCGACUCGAUUUCGGCCUUCUUGACCGAGAUCCGCAGCGUCGACGAUGUCCGCAACCAUUUGCACCGGUGGAGUCCGCAGUAGGCGCCCUCGACGCACGCUGCGACGACGACGAUACCCGCAAACUCUAGAAACACGUUGUCGCACGCGCCGCCGUCCAUGAUUAGAUUGAUCCGAGCUAGGCUUUUUGAAUUUCAAUUAUUUCAAUUGUCUCCCUUUCCA